AUGCUGGGCUCGCAACGCAAGCGGAAGGCGUCGUCGUCCACCAGUCAUCCAGGCAGCCAGGGCGCGGCGGCGGACGAGCAGGCACGGUCGCGACUUCGCUUGGGCGACUCGAGCGACGAGGAGGACACGUCGGACCAGGAAGCCAUGCAGGUCACAGAACCCGCCGCAGUCCCAGGGGCAAGCAACGGCGGACGAGGCCGUGGACGAGGACGAGGGCGGAUUGUCAAGAAAACCCAAUCCUACCGCGAUUCGCACAACGCCAUUGAGAAGCGCAGGCGAGAUCGCAUCAAUGCAAGCCUCAGAGCGCUGGCUAGACUCGUGCCAGAGUGUGCCCUGUUGGAAUCGGCGAGCUCGGACAAGGGCAAGCUGGACAAGGCAGACAUUCUACAAUACACGGUUCAGCAUCUCGAGCGGCAGCAGCAAUCAGACCCAUCCUCAUCAUUAUUAUUGCCAUCUGCAAAACAACCACACGCUGCAGACACCCCAGCGAGCAGCCCCGGAUUAACCACGAGCAGCUCGACGCAGGGCCAACCGCUGACUCUCAACACAAUGACGUACCGAGACUGGUGCCAGCUCUUGAUCGACCGCGAUCGUGAUCUAGUUCAUGUAUUUUGUCUAAUCUCGGGAGAGAUUCUGCACGUCUCCCAUGCGUGUCUCGCCACGCUUGGUUACAGCACACCUGCGGAGGUGCUGCAACUGAAUGCCUUGCAGUGGAUACAUCCUGACGACUUGGACUCGGUCAUGGCGCAUGUCAAAACGGCCAUGCUGGAGCUGCUAUCCGUACAGGAGAGUCCAGACGCUGUCGACCUUGCCCGGCAGCAGGACGGCGGCGUUGCAGGAAUUAUCUUCCCAGCAUCACGAUCUGCGUUUGUGGAUUUGUGGUACCGGUUGCGCUCGAAAAGCGGGAGCUAUCAGCAGCUCCAGGUUCGUGCACGGCUUGUUCUAUUUCCUGGCAGCGGCGCACCAAUGACAGGGUCGGCUGAACAAACGACCGGGCAUCCAUCAACUGGCAUCUCUCCGCGUUCCAGCGCAACUCCUAGCAGCGGCGCACGUUCGUCUCCCGCAGAAACAUCAUCAAGCACUUCCUACAUGCACGGACCUUUGACGCGAGCAGAGCCGACCCUGGUGCUCGUUGCGCUCGGCCGACCCAUGGGCGUUCAGCAACACAAACCCGACCCGCAGCCCGGAACGGGCCAACCCAUCACGGCAUUCACGAGUCGGUUGAGCUUGUUUGGCAUCUUUGAGUACGUCUCCUCUCUCUGCAAGCCGCUCGUUGGCUUUGGUGCUGAAGAGCUCAUCGGCCAGUCCAUCUACCUGUUUUGCCACCCCGACGACGUGCUAGCCUUCUCUCAAAUGCUCGGGCGCGUGCUUGGCAAUCCGAACGCAACCGACGUCGUUGUCGUGCGUUUCCGGUUUGUGACCAAGGAAGGACCGUACGUCUGGAUGACGACAAAGAUGCACGUCAAGCUGAAUAGCGUGACCCAAGCUCCCGAGUGCAUUGUGUGCUUGAACACUCCAUUGCUGGAUGCAAACGCUGCGACGGAAUCCGGUGCGAUGGCUGCCCCGGCCUCGUCUCGCUCCAAACCGCUGGAGCAGCACAUUCCAACCCCCUCGGAUCACCAUCUUCCCGGCAGCGCAUCUUCCAUGGCACUGUCAUUUGGCUUUGACCCUCACAUGACACAGGGACUACUCCAGCCAACGCUCUCCAACAAUAACAACAACCAGCCAUCGCAGUCAACAUCGUCUUCUUUGUUGCUUGCACAAGCCCAAGCACUCCAGGCGUCUCAACUCGGCAACCCGACAGCAAUUCAAACCCUACAGCAACAGCAGCAACAGCAGCAACAACAGCCUCAUCACCCCCAUCACCUCCAACACCAGCAGAAAGUAGCACCAAGCCAGUUUUUCAACACUCCACCCAACCAAAUAGCCGACACUUCCAAGGGACAGCCUGCUGUGCAUGCCACGGUCUCCCAAUCAAGUCUUAUGCCGCAACCCUUCCCAACGACUGGGCCGCCCGAACACAUGCUGAGCGGGCUCUCGUCGUUCGGUCUGGAUGUGAACUUUUUCGAGCCCAAUUCGGCCCUGUUGGACGAGGCGCUGAACCUGAGCGUCCGCAACAAGGAGCUUCAAAUGCAGCUGGACAAGAUUGGUGUUGCGGGACUGAGCGGCGGGUUGGCGAACGGGCUUCAGCCCACUACCAGCGCGUCUGGAGCGCCAGGCUUCUCUCCCAACCCCGUUGACGAGAUUCACCGAAGACAAUCGCUGGCCAAAAUGACCAAUAGAGGGCCGCAGCGAUUUAUUCCGUCGAUUGCCGACAUUGACAAAUUCUUGGUGACCCCACCUCCAUACGGGAGCUAUGCCGCCAAUCCUGGGACUGUCUUGCCAUGGGUACAGUCCGUUCAGCAGCAGCAACAGCAGCAGCAGCCACUUUCACCAUUCCCGCAGCAGCAGCAGCAUCAGUAUCAGCCAUCCCAACCACCUCAAUCACUGCCACAGCAACUGCCACAGCAUCUGCCACAGCAACUUCCGCAACCAGGGCAGCAGCUGCCCGACCAAUUCGCGUCAUUCCCUCAGGCAUCUACUGCCGCCAAUCCAGGACCGUCUGCAAUGCGGACGCCGGCUCUGCGGAUCCAGCACUUGCUCGGUGAUGACACAGGAAUGGCAGGGAUGGAGCCACCCAUGUCGCAAUGGGCUUGAAGCAAUGUUUUUGCCUUUUGCCGGGUUGAUUUUGUGUCGCGUUGUUGGCAGAAGUCACGAAAGAUUAUUAUUACAUG